GUACUUCUAUACUACAUGUCUAUAUGAAGAAACCGCGUCAUACAUAACGACCUAACCACUAUUAUAUUACGUAAAUAUGUUUCAUAACGUAAAUAUCUAAGCAGCUGAAAGUUAUAUGCGUACAUCGUACUAACAAGACAAUUUGUUAAAGCUCACUAUGGCCUGGGGACUUCCAAAACUGCCGGGUCUGACGUUCUCAGACCCGACUAAGACACAAUAUCAUAUGAGAAGUUCGCUGCGGUACUACCAGGGGCACAGGUUCCCUGACACCGAGAUUCGAGGCCCGGGGGGCACCGCCACAGAUGUUGACAGCAACGCCUUCGCACUCCCCGAGGAUACCGUCAACUAUGAUCCAUCGCUUACUUAUGGGAGAGUGAAACAGCCGGCUCUGCCCGCCGUGGUACCGCAUUGGGUGCAUUAUGACAAAAGAUGUCUCAACUUCACUGCGUUCUUCAAGCAGCCCGUGUUUGACAACCCUGAUGAGAACAGCCGCGUCAGGAUCGUGAACAUCAUCUACUUCUUAGAAGAUGACACCCUCACCGUCAUGGAACCUCGCGUUAAGAACUCCGGAAUAUGGCAAGGCAGAAUGGUGAAGCGGGGGAAGAUACCAAAGAAUGACCUUGGCGAGUACUGGCAUUGGAAGGACCUCGAUGUUGGCAAGGACUUUUGUAUCUAUGGAAAAGUCUUCCAUACUGUUUCGUGCGACCUCUUUACUAAGAUAAAAAAAAAGUAA